UUGCCGAAGGAGGGCGCUCCUCGUUGGAUGUGUUUGUGUAAUCAUGGCUAACCGCAGUUGAGAGGAGCGUCACAAAGAAGCAGCUUUAGCUAGCCUGGGUGGUGCAAACGCACCAUGGAAUACACGAAUAUUAUGAGCGACCAGACGGAUAUUCAACAAUAUAAGAACGGCCACACAGUCAAGGAUAUGAACAAAAUGCCUCAGAACACAGACACCGAAGAUGAACCACUAUUGAAAGAAAAUCCAAGACGGUUUGUCAUUUUCCCUAUCCAGUACCCUGACAUCUGGAAGAUGUACAAGCAGGCACAGGCAUCAUUCUGGACAGUGGAGGAAGUAGAUUUAUCCAAGGAUCUGUCACAUUGGGAAAAUCUGAAGCCCGAUGAGAAGCACUUCAUAUCUCAUGUGUUAGCUUUCUUUGCUGCAAGCGAUGGCAUCGUCAAUGAGAACCUUGUACAGAGGUUCAGUCAAGAAGUGCAGAUCCCUGAGGCUCGCUCUUUCUACGGUUUCCAGAUCCUCAUUGAGAAUGUGCACUCAGAGAUGUAUAGCAUGCUCAUCAACACAUACAUCCAGGAUCUGAAGGAGAGGGACCACUUAUUCAACGCUGUCCAGACCAUGCCUUGUGUGAGAAAGAAAGCAGAUUGGGCUCUACAGUGGAUUUCAGAUAUUAGGUCAACCUUCGGGGAGAGACUUGUGGCAUUUGCAGCAGUGGAGGGCAUCUUUUUCUCUGGGUCCUUUGCUGCCAUCUACUGGCUGAAGAAGAGGGGUCUGAUGCCUGGACUCUCCUAUUCCAAUGAGCUUAUCAGUAGAGAUGAAGGCCUGCACUGCAAUUUUGCCUGCCUACUCUUCAGCCACCUGGUGAAGAAACCUUCAGAGGACAGAGUCAAAGACAUCAUUACCAAAGCUGUCAGCAUAGAACAGGAGUUCUUGACAGAGGCUUUGCCUGUGGAUCUCAUUGGGAUGAACGGUAAUCUGAUGAAGCAGUACAUUGAGUUUGUGGCUGACCGACUGCUUGUAGACCUGGGAGUUUGCAAAGUAUAUCGGGCAGAAAAUCCUUUUGACUUCAUGGAAUCAAUCUCGUUGGAGGGGAAAACAAACUUUUUUGAGAAGCGGGUUGCUGAAUACCAGAGAUUUGGUGUGAUGUCAAAUGCGAUGGACUGUGAGUUCACCCUAGAUGCUGAUUUUUAAUGGUCCAGAUGGUUAUUUAUUCUGUUUUUAUUUUCAGUGUUUUAUGAUGGCAUGUGUCAUCAUUUAAAGGUCAAAAAAAUUAGGUCAAGGAAUGUUUGCCAUAAAUAUAUUAUACUGCGUGUGUGAGAGCGGGGAAAUUGGGUUUAUUCAUGUGUGUUUUAUAUUAAACCUUACAGAUCUUACCACUUCUUCGA